GAGGCUGCGGAAGUAGUAAAGCCGGCUCGCACCGAGGCGGCUGGGGCAUGUAGGUUGGCUGCCUGGUGGCAUGGCAGAUGAGGAGGAAGACCCCACCUUUGAGGAAGAAAAUGAAGAAAUUGGAGGAGGUGCAGAAGGUGGACAGGGUAAAAGAAAGAGACUUUUUUCUAAAGAAUUACGAUGUAUGAUGUAUGGGUUUGGGGAUGACCAGAAUCCUUAUACCGAGUCAGUGGAUAUUCUUGAAGACCUUGUCAUCGAGUUCAUCACUGAAAUGACUCACAAGGCAAUGUCAAUUGGAAGACAAGGUCGGGUACAAGUUGAAGAUAUUGUCUUCUUGAUUCGAAAGGACCCAAGGAAGUUCGCUAGAGUUAAAGACUUGCUUACAAUGAAUGAAGAAUUGAAACGAGCUAGAAAAGCAUUUGAUGAAGCAAAUUAUGGAUCUUGACACCUUUUCUACUUUCUGAAGCUUCAUUAUCUUCUGGGGAAACCAUAUAUAAUAACUGUAUAUUUUCCACAAUAACAUCCUGAUAUCUAGCCAUGUAAAUGAAAGAUGGAGAAACACAAACUUUCAGCCUUUAUUUUCAUGUCUUCCAUUUUAGAGUAUUUGAACCUUUAAUUGCCUGCCAUUGUAUUACCAUACUUGAAUUACUUACUGGGUUUUAAUGACCACAUGUAAAUUAAAGUAACUUGUAAACUUCUGACUUUUGACUUGUCUAAGUGAUAAAGUAGUAUUUAUGUAUCAGGUGUAUUUGUGCCAUUGUAGGCUAUACUGUAGCUUUUAAUAUGUGAAAUCUAAAUGGCACCUUUGACUUUAUGAUAGCUAAAUCAUUUGUUUCAUGUAUUCUAAAAUUUUUAGACUACAGUAAUCUGAAAGGUUAUUAAAAGGUAGUGAAGUGGUUUGUGUUUCUUUUAAGAGGAUGGAGAAAAGCAUAAAAUGAGAAAAAUACAGUCUUUUGUAGGAAUGUUUAUCUGUCUUAAGAUAAUUUGUUUCAAUAGUCUUUUUUAGAUAAUGAGUGAAUUUUUUUUUUUGGAGAAACUAAAAGUUUCAUGUGAAUGCUUCUGUCGUGGAAGGCUUUUUUGAUUUAAAACUUUUGGGGCUUAUAAUAUACUGCUUGUCAAGUUUUAAGGGAACUCAUUUUCUCAGGUCAGAUUAAAGCUUCCAAAAAUAAAUGCUUUCAGUAGCAGGAAUGGCAUUGCUUAAAAAGCUGAUGGCAGGAUAAGCAUUUGGGAUAGUGUUUUAUUAAGGUAUUUGUUAGUACUUGUUCACUGUGGAAAUGUGUACAUGACUAAAACCAUAUGUGACUAUAGAAACCACUUUUGUAGUUCAGGAUAUACAGGUUUUGUGUGUAUUAGCUUAUUGUAUUAAAUUAUUAUUGCACUUAGGUUAAAAUAAGGAUUAAAAUUGAAUUUAAAGGGAUCACUGAAUAUUACUCAGUGAAACUAAAUGUUUUGUGUGCCGCUUAUGAACAUUAUUUAUAAAUCAGUACUUAGGAAAAUUUUACUUUCUUAACCUAUUGAUACAAGGAAUAAAGUAUAAAAAAUUAAAAAGCUUAAUACUUGAAUUUGA